UAACAAAGAAAAGUAAUACAGGGUUAGAUUUAAAAGUAGAAGACAAGAAAAAACCCGAUAGCGAAGAAUUAAUGAAAAACACGACAGAAGAGUUAAUACAAGAACUAGAAAAGAUGUCACUUAUUAUACCUGUGUUAAUGAAUACUAAUAUUGUAGAAAAUAUACAAAGGUUAAGUAAAAGUAACAAACAAAAAGAAUCACCA